AGGGGGGUUAUAGGAAUAAGCUGUGAUAGUCUUGAACAGCUGUUACCAUUGAUAAUCAUAGUGUGGGCUGAUAUUUCAUACGCAAUGAGAAGUUGCAGUAAAGAAACCUUUGUAUAUGCCCAUACAUGGAUUGGAGAGUGAAAGCCCAGAAUCUAGGUCAUCUGAAUAGUUUAGUGCAACCAAUAGGCCUGUGUUACCUAACUGAACAUACCAUACAACAGGGUUGUUUUGACAGAAGGCCAGCUGAUUGGACCACUGUAAGGCAGAAGUUGUAUUUCCAUGCAGGGCUUUAUUAGAGUGCCAAGGGUUUGCCAUCGUGCAAUGUGAGAUGAUGUUUGGCAAAUUGAUGAAAUUCUCACCGUGAGAUGCUUCACCACUGCAACUGCUGAAACCCAGCAAUUUCAUGACUUGAACAGGCAACAACUGAAUCAUUGCUUUCCCUUGCAAUAGCUCAGAAAUGGUUGCCAUGGAAACUUAGCACCCUGCAUUAAUGCGUGGUCACAGACUUCCUGAAAUUGAAUAAAUGCUGGAGUAUUCAUCUUGAUGCUUCAUGUACAUGCAUGUAGAUGAUUACUACUGCUUGCUUGUAUCCGUGCAGCAACAUCUCAUUGAUAUUGAAAGGGUUGCUGAGGGAUAGUGACAUUGCUGUUAACUCCAGUAAUGAGAUCAGAGAGAAAAAAAGUUGGAAUUUCCUUUGAUUGAUGAGAAGCAGAGGGGAAGGUGGAGCUGUUAAGUAUGUAAUUAGCUUCUUCAUGUACUGACAGAUUGCACGUAUUGCAAGCCUCUAACAAGUUGCCUUGGAUAUCUUAUCAUUUAUUUUCUGGGCUGCUUUUGGUGAGAUUGGUGUUGUCAACAGCUGCUGAAGUGGAAUUCAUCAAAAAUUAGUGCAGUCCGCUUCAAGAAAACCCAUACAUGCCACUGUACACUGGAGCUGAGCUUUUGGUAUAAAGCUGUGUGGUUCUCAGAGUAUCAGGAGUUGUAGCCGGAAAGAUAUGCUACUUCAAGAAGGAGUGGAGGAAAUCAAGGAAAUGUAACACUGAGAUCAGCCAGUGAGAGAGAUUCUAGCUUGGUGAACAGGUCAUAAAUGGUUGAGAAAUAAAAUUCCUCCGGCGGCAUCAGAUGCUUCAGUAACUGUCCUGACACUCAUGCUGUAUAUAAUGUAGGAUGAGUGAACACGUGUAUUGACUACUGCUUAGUGAAGUUGCCUCCACUGAGGCACGUACAUGUGCAUGAGCAGAGCCUAAAAGACCUUGUUUAUUCCUUGACAUGCCAUUGGAAGGAGAAUGCAUCACAGGGAUGAUGAGAUGGAUGGUAUGCCAGUAAAGGAGACAGGGCAUCAUCGUACAGGUACACUUAAGGAGACGCAUGCUGAUUGUGACCUGCACUUUAUGAUGGGAUGGUGGUGUUGGAAAAUCCAGGUUCAGCUUCUUUAAGACUACUGUGCAAAAUUGAGGCACAUGACACAGAUUUUUGGUUGGAGAGGAUUUUGUGUACGUGCUGAGGGUUUGUAUGCAUCUACACUUGAGGAAACUCUGCAUGAUCAUUGUGGAUAAAUUGCACAUUGACAGUGGUGACUGGAUGAAGAGAUGACUUCAUGGAUUGACAGAACAUUCUGCAGUGUGACUGGAUGCCAAAUUUCAUUUGUUUCAUAGUGGAGACCUGCCUUUGUUUUCAUGGCUUUCUGGAAAUUUUAACAUUUUGAAUACGGCUUUUUACUGUGAACAGCCAUCCACUGCAUGCAGACUUAUGUGAAUUCCUUUUCAAACCCAUUUUAUUGCUUAUUUCAUUCAGGUUACAGUUGCUGAGGUUAAACUUCUGUAAAAUGCACCAGCAGAUGAAUGUUUUUUCUAUUACCAUCCCAUCAUGCCUUGCAGGCAGUUUUCAGGAAAACAGAUGAGGUCAGGUCACAUGACCUAUGCUGAUCCCCUCUCUCCUGAAAGUAAUGACAGUGACAGAGUGAAUGAAUCUUAUUCUGAUGCGGAAUUUCAAUUCACACAGCAGCAACCUGUUCUUGGGGACUUCAGCGUCAGAAGUGUUUUUAUCAGCAUUUGUGAACUCUUGCCAAGGAUAACCAUCUGCAUUUCACCACCUUAUCAGUGAGCCUGGAAAACAGACCAAUUCGUGUUUAAACAUCAACUGGGAUUUUAAUGCACUAAUGUAGAAGGCACACCAAUCUUCAUUUUAUACGCGUGUGUUGAUGGACUUUGCAUAUAUGCUACUUUUUAACAUGCUUUGAGAGUGUGGAAUAUCUGUCAGUUGACAUAGGGUCUUUUGUAAGUGUUAAUGUACCGGUACAUAUACACAUAUGUAUCUAAAGGAACAGCCAUCUGUUACAUUUUCUCCUGUGUUGGAAAGAAAGAGAAAAUUGGACUAUUUGUCAUCAGUGCAGGAACUACUCAAAGGGAUUAUUUUGCAUGUAUUAGUUUUGAUGAUUUUUUGUCAUGGUAGAACUCUUUGAUUCUCUCGAAGUAAUCAGCAGGAGCCACAAGUUGUUUCAAACAGGAUGUUGAUUUAUUAGUCUCCACAAUGACUUGUCUGAUUUGAGUUUUAAUAAGUUGAAUUCAUGCUAUCCUUCCAACCUCCACAACUGUGUAAAUCACCACCGCCUAGCAUUGUCAUCCAAGCGCCACCCAAAAUGCCACCCUCUCGUGGUAUCACCAGGGUUCGCUCUGCCAAUCCACGCUUGACCCAGGUCCGUAAGACCUCUGCCAACUCCUCUGUUGGUUCAGCAAUAAGCAUCACCCAGUCGGCUCCCUUGCCAAGACGGGUUUCAUCAUCACGUCCCAGUAAAGCUGGGCAGAGAACCCCAACCCAUGCUUUGCCGCAGGAUGGUGAGGAGGCUGCGAGAAUUCUGUCAACCGUUCUCUCUAUACGAGGCAUCUCCUCGAGGUCAGACAACUAUCCCUCCCUAGAGCGGCCAGAUGACCUCAUUCCUAUGCACUACCUCAACAGUGUCAAUGAAGCUAUUAAUAGCUAUGUUACACCUUGCGGAAGUGGGAUGUCUUCACCAUCAGAUGAUGAGAGGCCUAGCUUCUUACUGAUGUCUAACAGUGGUGGAUUGACAUCUGGAAACUCAACGGAGAGGAGUAGUCUCUUCUCUUGGGCAGAUGAUGAGUUUGACAAGCAAGCUAGUAAGACGGUGCAAAGGAUGUUUCAAGAGAUUGAUGACAUGCUGUUUGAAGGACAGAAAAACGCUACUACCUCAGUACAACUAGAAAAUGAAUGUAAAGAGUGGAACUCCAGAUUUCCACACUUGAGAAUUCUUGGUCAGCAGCUGAUCACACCAUGUGAUCUGGGCUAUCAGUUCGUCUCCCGUACGGCUCAGCGACCAACAACGGCAGAGGAACUUGUUGAUAUAGGAGAAAAUGAAUAUCCAUCAGAUUCUAGUCAAGACCCACAAGGGUUAUGUAUUGUGGGUACAUGCCUACGACCUCUUGACCCUGUGGCUACCAUGGGAUCAAGUCGAGAUGAAACAGUGAGACAGCAGCUUGCAGACAUGGAGGAGGAGAUUUUGGAAUCUGAUGGCGUCAUCGAGGAAUACUUUGCCUAUGAUCGCUUGAAACCCUGGGAGGAAGACAGUCAUGAACAGAAGCGUUACCAUGCCCCUCGGAGAACAGGCUUCCCACCGCUGACCCCAAAUGCUUGUGUACAGAACUCCAUCUACAGCCAGUGUUUUGAUGUAAUGUGGACUGAGGUGGUUGGAUGGAUGAGGUUACUGCUCACCAGACAUUGGGAGUUACAGUCAGAAAUUAAGAAGUUUUCCAACCCAGAAGAUGUUACUUCCUCAGUAUCUGUUCUUCAUCCUGUCCAGCCAUCCUUUGAUCUCAGUUACAGCCCCUAUCCAUUUGGUUCUCACUUGGGUAGGGGAUUACUGGAUGGUCCGUCAAAUAAACUAGCCCCCAUGGGCUCUGGGCGACUGAACACAGCGCCAUCACUUAACAGCUCAUUAGUGGAUCGUCAGAACUUGACAGGUGUAAUGACUAUAUCAUCCAAGGCACUGCACAACAGACCCAAUGAUAAAGACACCAGGGCUCCCUCUGUGCUUGGGGAGGAACUGCAAACGUUACCCCUGCAGAUAGGUAUCCAUGUAAACCGACCAGGUUCAAGUGCCAACCGGUCAAACCGACCAACUAGUGUCAAGACCACAGACAACUACAACUAUCGGUUAACGUCAGCCCGUGGUAGGGGUAGAUUACGACCGAUUGACCGUGCUAAGACACCCAAUAUGGAGGGGAUUAUCACUGGAAAGAGAUUAACCACAGCUAGUGAUAGACUGGGCUCCCCUCCCCACCCUGGGGUAGCCACCUCCCCACCCUACCACUGGAGUCGUAACACGGCCCUGCCUCCCAUAGAGACAGUUCAAGAGAUGCAGACCAAGCAAGAUGGUCAUGGCAAUGAGAAUAAACCGUCCAAUAACUCCAGCAGUAGAUCAUCUGCUAAGUUUCGGAUAUCAAGUGCAGCAGCUGACGACAGGGGACUGAGGUUAAAAGAUCGGUCAGCAACAUUUAUAUCAGAAUCAAGACCCAAUACAACACACACAUUCAGGUCUGAUACACCAUUUGGUGUUCUCAAUCGACGAUCUUCAACUCCGCAAUCCUUCAGUCUCUUCAAAUCGACAGCUGCAGCUCCUCCAGCCGUUGGUAACCCAGGGAUAAUGACCGGCAUAACUGGUAUCAGCAUCGGCAUUCCAGGCUCAUCAACACAUAUGGAUGCACCAGUUAAUCAGUAUGGGAACACUCAAGCUGGUUACUUUAAAGUGUUAUAGCAAUGGCAUAAUACUGCUGUGGUGGGAGUUGAACAUCAGACCCUUCAAGUGGAGGAAUGACUGAAUGACAUUGUAUGGGCUAGCACAGGCAUACGGUGGUGCUUGAAGCGUGGACUCUGACAGCAUAUGGCAGGUAGUGGUUGAGAUUUCAUAAAGUCGACCUUUUCCAUAGCUGUGGUUGGAUUCAAACCACGGAUUAUGACAGUUUGUGUUAAGUGCUCGGACCGGUUGACUUGAAACAGCCAUUGGAGGAUUUGAACCAUAGAAUGGAUAACUUGCUGACAAGCCAGCACUGUAUUAUUUUGAUUAGACGCACAAACACCUUGCUAGUUGCUUUGCAGAUGAACCAUCUUGCAACAUGCUGACAAUGCCAUAAGGGGGAUGUGAACCACCCACUAAUUUGCUUUACAAACCUGCUACAUCUUCAUAUUGGCUGGAUUUGGACCCCAUGUAUUCUGUGUAGUCUGUAUAGCAAUGUUCAGAAUUGUCCCGUUGUAUCUUGGGAUCAAACUAUUUACUGUUCAUACAAUGUUGUAAAUUGAAAUAAUGUAUAUAAAUGUACAUUUAUCCCAUAGAACCACUGGAAUAUUUCCCUGUAUUGUUGGUCCUCGAUUAUUGGACAUUUAACCUGGGAGAACGUGGAUAUAUUCUCUUGUUUUGUAAAUGUUGAUAUACAAAAUGUAGGAACAAAGUGUAGACAGAAAGACAAGUUUUUAUUAUAACUUCCUGCAUUUGUAGUGAAAUUUUAUGUUAAAACCAGUGCUUCUUAUUCCUGUCCAUCAUUUCACAUUCCAGUCAGAAAACUUACUUGUUUUAUUUGUUUCUUUGGUGUGGUUGUUACUUGAGGUUUAUUUUUCGUUUAUUUGUAUUUGUUUCCUUUUUAAUAACCUGGGAAGUAUCUCAAGAAGUCCAAUUGUGGAUUUCUUGGCAGUAAGAAGCAAGUCAGCCUGAUCUCACUGGCUGCUUGAAUUCUCACACUUGCAAAUACUUGAUGGUAAUGCCGUCGGGCAAGAGUGUAAAAGGAAAAAAUUAAAUUUUAUUUAAAAAGUACAUUUUAAAGUUUUGAUUGAAGAAUGAUGUCUACUUUCUCGUAGCAUUUUGGCUUUGGACUUAUCAGUCACUGAGAUUUGUUAAUAAUGUCUUGUUCAGAAGCAAAUGGAAAAGAGUACCUUACUACCGUCAACAUGCAUGUAUCCAAUUCCGUAAUGACACAUUAUCUCAGCCAAUGCUCAGAACAGCCACUAUCUAGAAGUAGGUUGAUAUUAUCUUAAAAACCCUCAUUAGUAUCAUAUGUAUGUCAUUUAAUAGUUACUGUCACCUUUGAGGGCUUCUUUUUACUCUACAUACUUCUACAUUCGUGUGUUGUAAAAAAAUUUGACAGACUUCAUAGAUUUCUAGUUAUUUUUGUAAUCUGAAAUAAGAGUGAAAUCAUUUUGUGUGUGUCUUUGCUAAAACUAAAUACAAACGGGUACUGUGAUUAAAGUUAUGCUUUCUGGUUACCAGAAAUUCAUGCAGAGAAAUCAUCUCUCUGAAUCAGGCAGACUCGCUGUCUGCAGUGUCUCCUUAGAAAUUCUGAACCAUGUAAGUGGACUUGUGGAGUGACAGAAUUAUAUCACAGUGAAAUUUGAACCGCAAGGCUUUUUAAUUAGUUUCAGAGCAAUUAACAUUUCAUCACUUAUUUCUCAAGGCAUGCAGGUCAACAGUUAACAAAGUUUGUCACAACCACCUGAGGGCAGUAUAUCUCAUGUCCAGUUGUCUGCUUGUGUAGGGCUUGGACUGUGAGCAACUGCGCCAUUAGAAGGCCAAGGCAGCCACAAGGUCAAUAAAUUCAGUUGGUUAAUCCAAAUCUGUGUUGCCGUUUAAUGAAUUAGUUUAUAGUGUGUGAGUGCUUCUUUUGUUCAGUUCAGUGUUUUCUAGCUUUUUCCUGGUUUAGGAAUUUGUAUCCAUCAAGAUACCUUUUGUAAAGUGAGAGAAUGUUGAAGAAUGGAUGUACAUUUGGUAAUCUGCAUUUUAAGUAUUGUUUGGGAAGUAAUUGUCCAUGAGAUAAUUUAUCUCAGAAUAAUAAAACAGUUCCCUCAGUUAUUAGGGGAAUUUUGAAAAUUUA